ACUUUAGAGAAAAGCUUCGAGAGACAAAAGUACCUGAGUGUCCAGGAUCGCAUGGAACUUGCCGCCAAACUUAACCUAACAGACACUCAAGUGAAGACGUGGUACCAAAACAGAAGGACAAAAUGGAAACGACAAACAGCUGUUGGUCUGGAACUCCUAGCUGAGGCUGGUAAUUAUGCAGCUGUCCAACGAAUGCUCCAAACGUCCCCAUAUUGGAUAGCCCACUACGCUAGCCUCUCUGGACACCCUUCACUUGGCUACGCUGCUAAUUUAGACUAUCAGUACCGCCAGGCGGCAGCAGCAGCAGCAGCCAUUCAAAGACCAGUGUAUUCCAGCGCAGUGUUUAAUGCUACUGCUGCGACACCUGGUGGAAACAUUUCGCCCGCUGAUUAUUUUGGAGGUGUUCAUCGUACGUGAUUGACCGACCAUCAAGUGACUUUGUUAUGUUAAAAAUAUCGUUAUGAAAAAUCUGUUAACUGGAGAGCUUUCAUGAAAUAAGUAGAGGCGGGUUGUUCAGCUCAAGUAUUGAUGUACUGAAUUCAGGCCAGUUCCUAUAGAACAUCUCAUUUUAUAGGCAGUUCUACAUCUGUCUCUUGAAGGUUAUCGUUUGGGAAACCAAAACAAAAACUGUGUUUGCCUCGUAAAGUGAGUUCAGAGGAACGGUGGGCUUAGCGACUAAGUUUCCGAAACUUAAAAAAAAAACCAAAGUGCUAGGUGUAAAAACAAGAUUACGCGGAUAACUUUGUUGAAUUGUCUAAAUCCCAAGCACCAACAAAGUUUUAUUUCCUGUUUUUAAAGAUUAUUUGUUCAUAUGUUUAAAUUAUGAUUGGACAAAACAUCCGGAAGUGUUAGCACACAUCCGGAAGUGUUAACACACAUCCGGAAGUGUUAACACACAUCCGGAAGUGUUAGCACACACAUCCGGAAGUGUUAGGACACAUCCGGAAGUGUUAGCGCGAACUCCUUGUUUAGGAACUGUUGUGUAUAUGAGGUAAAAAAAAUGUGCCAUCUGCUAAAUUUACUUUUGUGACUGUUUUGAAUAUGAAGUAAACCUAUGUA